CACCAAGAAAAAUGAUAUAGGUUUUCAUUUCACUUCGCAAUAAUCCACUUCUACUUUACCAAGGGAAAAUACACUGUUAUGUGACAAAACGGAACAAAGUCUUGAGACAUGAAUAACUUGCUGCCCGUAUCUAUUUACAAAAUAAAGUAACAUGUAUAACAUGACAUUAACAGACUAAAACAUUUUAAAGGACGGAAAAAUACAGGACUUGGAGAUGUUUUUGAAGUCUUGCAUAUAUUACUUACAAGCAACCUACCUGUACUUCCUCUACCUUUCUUUUUUCUUUUGCCUUCUUCGGAAACUUUUUGUAUGAUCUUUUAUUUUAUUAACAGGUUAACAACCAGCACACAACCGCCUCUCUCCUUUCUUCAUUUCUGAUUAUUAUUUACAUUUGCUAACAUAGCCACUCAUAUUUUACAUUCUGUUGGUUUUAAACAAAACCCCUGAUUCUCUGUGUACUUGGAAGAGACGUUGACUUCGGGUUGUAUCCUCGCGCGCACUGCGCUUGACGCAACGUCCUCGUGCCAGCCGGCUGUUUGUCGUCGCGUGCUUGUUGUUUAAGGACAACUCACUCACACUUUUUUAUCCCAAGAUGGUCAGGCCUGUAUCUCAGCUGCUCCAGACUGUGACGUUGCUUUCUGGGCUGAUGAUCUACACAGUUUCACAAAGAGGAGCAGAAAAGAAGCCAAACUUUAUCAUCAUGCUGGCAGAUGAUAUAGGCUGGGGAGACCUAGAUGUUAACCAACCAGAGAAAUACACAAAUAAUACACCAAACCUCAACCAGAUGGCCCAUCAAGGGCUCAGAUUAACAGACUACCACUCCCCUGCUUCCACCUGCUCUCCAUCGCGUGCUGCUAUCCUGACCGGCCGCUAUGGCCUCAGAAAUGGAGUGACUCAUAACUUUGGUGUGAACUCUGUGGCUGGCCUGCCUCUGUCUGAAGUCACUUUGGCCCAGUUGCUGCAGCAGGCCGGUUACUACACCGCUGUUAUAGGGAAAUGGCACCUCGGACACAACGGACCUUACAGUCCAAACAACAGAGGAUUCGAUUAUUACUUCGGCAUUCCCUACAGUAAUGACAUGGGCUGUACUGAUACACCAGGAUAUGAUCUACCCCUGUGUCUCCCUUGUGUUUCAUCAGAACCUCAAGUGAUCAGACAGAGGAGGAGUUUUCACGGUGGCUGUUAUUCCAAGGUGGGACUUCCUCUGGUUGAAAACAGCUCCAUUGUGGAGCAGCCGCUGAACCUCUGGGCGCUAACAGAGAAGUACAGAUCUGCUGCUCUCAGGAUUAUACAAAGUGCAAGGGCCCGAGCACAGCCGUAUCUCCUCCUGGUGGCGUCGGCUCACAUGCACGUCCCUCUCGCCCCCGCGGUGGCAGAGCCUUCAGGCGACGAGGUGUACGCCGCCAGCCUGCGGGAACUGGACGGUCUGGUCGGGGCAUUAAAGGCUGCCGCCGAUGAGACGGAUAGAGGGAAUACUCUAAUCUGGUUCACUGGUGACAACGGCCCGUGGGAAGAAAAGUGCCAGUUUGCAGGGAGCGUUGGGCCUUUCACUGGAAAAUGGCAGACCAGCAAAGGCGGCGGAUCAGCUAAGCGGACUACAUGGGAGGGCGGUCACAGGGUGCCAACUGUGGUGUACUGGCCAGGCAGGAUCCCUGCAAACACCACCAGCUCAGCGCUGCUCAGUGGUAUGGACAUCUUUCCAACAGUUCUGUCUCUGGCAGGCGUAGCGCCCCCUGCAGACAGGCGUUACGAUGGAAUCGAUGCCAGCGGCGUUCUGCUGCGCGGCGAAAAGUCUGGUCACGAGUUCCUCUUCCACCCCAACAGUGGCGCUGCAGGAAAGUUCGGGGACUUGCAAACAGUUCGAGCCGGAAAACACAAAGCUUUCUACAUCACAGGUGGAGCAGCAGCUUGCAGCGGCAGCACUGGCCAGGAGCAGCUCCACGAUCCACCUCUGAUAUUUGACUUGGAUCGUGAAGAAGCCGAGGAAACACCCCUGCAGUUCGCCACAGCUGAGUACAGGGCGAUUGCAGAGAGGGUAGCCCGCAAAAGAGAGGAACUCCUGUGGGACAUCGCCACUGAUGGAUCGGUGUCCACAGCGGACUACAGCCAAGAUGAAUCAGCGGCGCCGUGCUGUGAUCGGAGACAGGCCGUGUGUCGAUGCCACACCGUGUGCAGAGGCCCGGAAGAAACAUUAAUAACAGGCACAAGGAACGGGCCAUGAGGAGUUUUUGUUUGGUGGUGAGGUUAGCAUGGGAAGUGCCUGCUCCGUACCUCCCUCAUGGAUACAGUCCAGUUUGUCCACAGCUGUGA